AUGGAGAUUUUAACACCAAGUUCUUACUUUUCUAAUUCAACUUGGUUGCUUGAGGAGAGCAGGAGUACAAAAUGGACUCCAGCUGAAAACAAGGCCUUCGAGAAUGCUCUUGCUCUAUACGAUAAGGAUACGCCCGAUAGAUGGCAAAAAGUCGCCAAAAUGGUUCCAGGGAAAACUGUGGGGGAUGUGAUGAGGCAAUAUAAGGUAUUGGAAGAUGAUGUUAGUAAUAUAGAGGCAGGGCUAAUUCCAAUUCCUGGAUAUAGCAUGUCUUCGCCUUUUACACUUGAAUGGGGGAGUGGCCGCGGAUUUGAUGGAUUCGAUCAUGCUUAUAUUUCCGAGGGAAAGAGAUCCUCUUCGAUUAGGCCUAAUGAACAUGAAAGGAAAAAGGGUGUUCCAUGGACAGAAGAGGAGCACAAGUUGUUUCUGAUGGGGCUUAAAAAGUACGGAAAAGGGGAUUGGAGAAAUAUCUCGCGCAAUUUCGUGAUUACUAGAACACCAACACAAGUUGCUAGCCAUGCCCAAAAGUACUUCAUCAGGCAACUUUCUGGAGGAAAAGACAAGAGAAGAGCGAGCAUUCAUGAUAUAACGACGGUUAACCUCAACGAGAAUCAAAACUCUUCACCGGAGGAUAAAAAACCGCCUUCACCGGAGCCAUCUGUUGUUCUUCCACAGCAGUCGAAUUCUGCUCCAAUGCAUAAACAUCCUUUCCUCUGGAAUAAAUCGCACAAUGAUGCAGUCAUUGAUGGCUUUCAACCAGGAGGAGGCCUUGGAAAUAUGUUCUCUCCCUAUGCAGUGAAUUCUUAUGGACACAAAAUGCAGGGGCAACAUAUCCAAAGAGGUGGGAUCCAUGAAUCAUUAUUGGGAUCUCAGAACAUGGUUUUUCAGAUGCAAUCAGGGCAUUAUUUUCCUCAUGCAUGA